AUGUAUUUGGACGCUAUUUUGAAUAAAGACCCCACAGCCACCGCCACUCAACCAGCUAAUGUGUCGCCUACAAGCAUCGAUUUCAUGACUCAACAGCAUGAACAACAGUUUGGGUUUGCCAAUACCAGUGCUGCUUCGUCAUCACCAGCAACCCCUCCCACUCCGAAUAAUGGCCUGUUUUCCGGUUCCAAUACAUCUUCCCCAACCUCUUCUUCAUCGUCAUCUCCUGGUGACACUGCUGCUAAUGCCACUACCACAAUCCCUACAACCACCUCAGCACCUGUUCAAGCCAAGAAAAUAAAUAAACCCAAGACAGGCACAAUCUCUAUCGUAUCGCCAAACCCAACCAUCUUACCUUGCAAAUGGAAGGGAUGCACUCAAGUGUUCCAUCAAGCAGAUCUAUUAUACUUACACUUGUGUCAAGACCAUAUCGGUAGGAAAUGCCAAAAAAAUUUACAAUUGAAUUGUCAAUGGGAUAAUUGUCAGACGAAAACAGAAAAAAGGGACCAUAUCACAUCUCAUCUAAGAGUCCAUAUCCCUUUGAAACCAUUCAAUUGUUCCAAUUGUAAUAAGAAAUUCAAAAGACCUCAGGAUUUGAAGAAACAUUUGAAAAUUCACAUCACUGGUAACGAUUUGAUUAAAAAGAAAAGAGGUCCCAAGAUCGGGUCCAAGAAGAAAUCGCGUUCUAUUGCCACUCAUUCCACCACUACGCUUCCCGACACUCAAAACCCAAUUUAUACUCCACAAUUAUCAAGCACAAUUAGAAGUUUAUUACCCAUCCAACAUUCCUCUUCUCCAACUUUACUAAACAAUAACCAAAGCGUCUCACCAAUCCCCACUCCAUAUUCAAACCUCAACACCUUGAACUAUUUCAAUAAACUAUCUCAAAAUAUGUCGAUUCAAAAUUUACAAUUACAAAAUAAUUUACAAUACCAGCCACCACCACCACAACAACAACAGGUGCCAUACAAUUUCCCCAUGCAACAUUCUAAUUCCAAUUCCACUACAAAUUCUCCUCCCAUGCAUAUAAUAGAUCAUUCAAAUUUAAUAAACCCUUAUCCAACUGUUAAUACUCUUCAUAAUUCCACUCGUACUCCCACACCACCAACCGCUACUACAACUCAAUUACCACCUCUAUUCAACAACAACACUCAAACUGCUACCAAUACUACUAAUAAUAAACACUUUUUAACUACUGCCAUAUUACCACCACCUACAAAUUCAUUAUUAACACCAAGAUAUAAUAUUCAACAACCGUACUCGUAUACGUCUCCAACUGUAAUUCAACCAACUACUACUCAAUAUUUCAGCACAACUCAAAAGAGUGGUUUGAAUACGAAAACUCAAACCCCGGACUUAAUCGAUCAACAGAUUAAAUCUUUAUCUCUUUCAGAUGAUGAAGAUGAAGAUGCUAUUGAUGAGCACAAAGAAGAUGAUAACGACGACGACGAAACUAUGACUUUCUUGCAAGAUUUCACAUACGUCAAUGUCAUUAAAGAUUACAUCUUUUGCUCUUUGUUAGAAGAAGAAUAUCAAGAUUUACAAGAAGAGGCUCAAUUUCCAAGGGCAAAGAACUCAUCCACUAUAAAGAUCUCUUUACCUUCUUAUCCAAAAGUACUAAUUUAA